CUCUCUCUAUCUUUCUCUCUCAACAGUCUUUCACACAAGUCAAAGUCACACAUUGUUUCCCUGCAGAGUGUCUCUGAGUCACCACCACCAAAAAAACCAGAUUACUCACAAAACCUCUUUCUCUCUCUUCUCUCUUCUCAAUAGCUCGAGCUCACAAAAAAAAAAAAAAACGUUAGAGAUUUAGCUUCUUCACGAAGAUUUCAAAUGCCGUCGGAGUCAUCGUACAAAGUCCACCGUCCGGCGAAACCCGGAGGAUCUCGACGAGACUCAAGCCCCGACUCUAUAAUCUUCACACCGGAAUCUAAUCUCAGUCUCUUCUCCUCCGCUUCCGUCAGCGUCGAUCGUUGCUCUUCCACCUCCGACGCUCACGACCGUGACUCUCUCGUCUCCGGUCCUUCUCUGGAGCGAGAUCAGAGGGUAAGUUCGAGCUGUAAAGAUCUAGAUCUAGACAAGCGUGGAACAGGGUGGAAGAAUAGUCGUAACUCUAGAAAAUCAAAUAAAGUGAAAGCAGCUUGGAAAGAGGAGUUUGAGGUUAAAAAAGAUGAUGAAAGCCAGAAUCUUGAUUCAGCUAGGAGUUCUUUCUCUGUAGCUCUUAGAGAAUGCCAGGAACGAAGAUCCAGAUGUGAAGCGCUGGCGAAAAAGCUAGACUACCAAAGGACUGCUUCAUUGGAUCUUAGUAAUGUAAUCUCUUCGUCUCCAAGAGUGGUAAAUGUUAAGAGAACUUCAGUUUCAACUAAUAAAUCCAGUGUGUUUCCUAGUCCCGGAACUCCGACUUAUCUGCAAAGUAUGCAAAAGGGUUGGAGCUCAGAGCGAGUGCCUUUACGCUCAAACGGGGGAAGAAGUCCGCCCAAUGCUGGUUUUUUACCUUUAUAUAGUGGUAAAACAAUUCCUUCUAAGUGGGAAGAUGCAGAGAGAUGGAUAGUUAGUCCUCUUACUAAGGAAGGAGCUGCCCGAACUUCAUUUGGAGCAUCACAUGAAAGGCGACCUAAAGCCAAAAGUGGUCCAUUAGGACCUCCAGGAUUUGCAUAUUAUUCAUUGUAUUCCCCUGCGGUUCCUAUGGUUCAUGGUGGAAACAUGGGCUGCUUAACGGCAAGUUCUCCAUUUUCAGCUGGUGUGUUGCCAGAAACUGUCUCUUCUAGGGGUUCUACUGCAUCAGCCUUUCCUCAACGAAUCGAUCCUUGCAUGGCUAGAUCGAUUAGCAUUCAUGGCUGCUCUGAAGUACUUGCACCCUCAUCCCAAGAUGGCAUCCAUGAAAGUAUAAAGGAUGCAGCUACUGAUGCUCAAGCUGUCUCAAGAAGGGAUAUGGCGACCCAGAUGAGUCCCGAGGGAAGCAUCCGCUUGUCACCUGAGAGACAGUGUUCAUUCUCUCCCUCCUCUCCAUCAGCACGACCUGUUUCGGAACUACUGAAUGGUCAUUCCAACCAAGCAGAAGUCAAGGACUUACAGGUUGAUGAGAAGGUAACCGUAACUCGCUGGUCCAAGACGCACAGAGGUCUAUACCAUGGAAAUAGCUCAAAAAUGCGAGACCACUUAAAUGGCAAAGCUAGGGAUCCUCAAGGUCUGACAUGUGUGAAGACCGCGGAAGCCAGCAUCAUAUCUUGGGAAAAUUUGCAGAAAGCUAAAGCCGAGGCCGCAAUAAGAAAGCUAGAGAUGAAAUUGGAAAAGAAAAGAUCGUCGUCAAUGGAAAAAAUAAUGAGAAAAGUGAAAUCAGCAGAGAAGAAAGCAGAGGAGAUGAGGAGGUCGGUGUUAGACAAUAAAGCAACAACCACAUCACAUGGUAAGGCUUCAUCUUUUAAAAGAAGUGGGAAGAAGAAAAUGGCUUCCCUAAGUGGUUGCUUCACCUGUCAUGCAUUCUAGUUGCCCUUUUUCGAAGAAAAUACGGUAAAUGGAGACUCUUCACUCAUGCGUAUGCGUAAUAUUUGGUGUUCUUAUUCCUACUUUGUAAUAAUAUACUUUUGAUCGUAAGUAGCUGUUAAUUGUUUCCAAUACAUGCGCUUAGUACAUUUGUAUGUUAGUUCCUAGCUGAGAGUUAAAAUCCGAGGGAUGAGUUCACCCCUUUCCACCUUUGUUUGGUCCCUUGGAGCCUGGAGGUGUUUAGAGGUGAUUUGAUCCCUUGAUAGGACAAGAUUUCUUUACUUACCUUACCGAUCACAUAUGCAUUAUUCUGUUGAUUAU